AUGGCUUCAGCAACCCCUGCUGAUGCCCGUAAAGACUGGCUCACAUUAUCGCCUGGUCCGGUGCUUGAUAUCAGCGCAAAAUGCAAGGUCUGUGGCGCCUUGUCAUCUACGGGUGUUGUCAACUUUCUGGGCAUACCGUUCGCCACCAUCCCGGCACGGUUUCGACAGAGCAAACUACUAAAUCUCGAGGAUGCAUGCAACAGUGGGAUUCUUGACUCGACAAGAUACGGACCAAUAUGUCCUCAACCAUAUGACCCGCUCAUUAGUAGAAGAAUGUAUCUGUAUGAGGGACUCGUACCUCUUCUAGAAGUUGAGGGAAUGCCAGUGAUGGAUCUGGAAGAAUGCCUGAGAGUCAAUGUUUUUGUUCCUCCAGGAGCAUUGCAUGGCCGGACUGCCAAGUUACCAGUGUACGCAAAUAUCCAUGGCGGUGGCUGGACGACAGGAAAUGGGAAUACCUCUUCUGAUGGCAAUUAUUCUGUUCAACACGCCAUGAAGAUUGGGAAGCCGUUCGUCUCUGUGGGAAUCAACUACCGCCUGGGGUACCAUGGUUUCCUCGGCUCCAAAGAUCUUGAAGAAGAAGCGAGACAGAAUGGUGAAGUCUAUUCCCCGAACAGAGGCCUGUGGGAUCAGCGAAUUGCACUCUUGUGGAUUCGGAAGCAUAUUCACCACUUCGGUGGUGAUCCAGAUCAGAUCACUAUUGCUGGUGAAUCGGCAGGAGCAUUCAGUUCUUGCGCACAUGGCUUGUCCGAUAUUCCCGUCUGCAAAAGAAUCAUCAUCCAAUCCGCUCCAGUUUGGAAGUUUGCAGAUCCCGCUCUCGCCGAGGAAAUUUAUCAGCGUUUGGUAUCGAGCACGGGUAUACCUACAUCUGCGUCUGCAACAGAACGACUGGCGGCGCUGCGUCAACUGUCGGAUAAGCAACUGGAAGACUUACUCGGCGGCUCCUUUGCUCGACCCGUCUGGGACCCUAACUGGUUUGUACACCAGGACGUAAUUACACCCUUCGAAAGAGUGACUAAAUUUAGUCCUUGGGUCGAGGGGGUAUUGGUAGGCUGGACGAGGGAUGAGAUGGCACUGUGGAGCAACCAAUGGCAUUCAUUGACCUCUGCAGAGGUUGAAGCUUGGGUUCGAGAUGUGUCACCUGACCCUGCAUUCGCGUCUGAACUCCUCAAAGCCUACAAUGUUUCACGAGAUAACCCAGCAGAGAUCUCGCUCGAUGGACUGAUGAGAUUGUCAUCCGAUGGUGCGUUCGGGUGUUUACCAAUCAUGCUGGGAAGAUUGACUUCUCCAGCCAUCAGUGUCUUCAGGUUCGAGCAGACGGAUGACAAUCCUCAGAGCUCCUUCAAGGGUCGCUCAUAUCACUCUCUGGACACCGCAUUUGUGCUCAGAACUCCUGCAGUUGCAGGUCCCGAGGCUGAAGAAAAGUAUCGGACUACGGCCGAUGCUAUGGCCGAAGAUUGGGCAGCAUUUAUAUAUGGGAGCCAGCCAUUCGAACAAUUCCAGAAAAGUGGCAAGGUCAGACUGUAUAACAGCCACGGGAACGAACUUGUAGACUGGGCUUCCGACAAGACAAGCUUGAUGCACGGAUUCAUUGAUACCGAGCAAAGAGCCGAGUGGUUUUCGGAAGUGGGCAAACAGAUUCUCUCUGGAAAGAACGAAUUGAGUAACUCGCCGACAAAGCCUAAGAACUGCAAGACAGUCGCUUAA